AUGGCACGUCGUUCACAAGGAGCUGCCAAAGCUGAAGAUGCAGCAAGCCCGACUAUCCCUUCCUUGAAGAAGGAGAAGAGCGAAAUUUCUUCCAACAUGGAAGCAGAAGAAGCAAAAAUGGCAGAAGCUCGCAGAGUCAAGGAAGAAAAACGUGAUCAAGAGCNNUUGGAAGCAGAGAGACAGAAAGACUUGAAAGGUGGCAAGAAAGUUGUCGAUACGAAGUUCAAAGCCCUCGAGUACCUGUUGAACCAGAGCAAGCUAUACUCGACCAUUAUGCUCGCUCAGAUGCAAAGGCAGGAGGAGGAAGACCAAGCUACCGACGAAAAGGGAAAGAAACGAGCUUUGAAACGAGAGGAAACAGCAGAGAAAGCCGCCGAAGUCAGCCAAAAACGAGCAACUCGAUCAGCAAACGCGGUGCAGGAGACAGCAACGCAAGCAACAGAAGAGACGGCCACUGGAGGCCGAAGAAAAUCAGCUAGAGGAGCAGCAGCAACAAAACUUAAGGCUGGCAACGGCAAGAUAUCCGACUAUCUUAACAAAGACGACUUAAAAGCCAAGGCCGGCGACAAAUCAGUGAAUGAGGCCCUUGCUGAAGAGGCUGACUCCGAUGUCAAGGCUGGUGAAAUUGGUGUACAGAACCUUCGAUCUGCCAAGCAGCCGGCUCUUGUAAGCGGUGGUCUGAUGCGUUCGUAUCAGCUCGAAGGUCUCGAAUGGCUCACAUCACUUUACGAGAACGGAUUGAAUGGUAUUCUGGCCGACGAGAUGGGUUUGGGAAAGACCAUUCAGACGAUCUCAUUCCUCGCCUUCUUGCGUGAGAAGGGCACGUAUGGACCAUUCUUGAUCGCAUCACCUCUAAGUACAACCAGCAACUGGGUCAAUGAAUUCCACAAGUGGACUCCUGACAUUCCAGUUGUGCUCUAUCACGGGUCCAAGCAAGAAAGAGAGGAGAUUCGCCGGAAAAGGUUCAAGAACCCUGGCAGCAAAGACUUCCCAGUCAUCUGUACUUCUUACGAAAUAUGCAUGAAUGACCGCAAGUUCCUUGCCAAUUAUGGUUGGAAGUUUAUCAUCAUUGACGAGGGCCACCGCAUCAAGAACUUGAACUGCCGCUUGAUCAGGGAGCUGCAAUCCUAUCAAUCAGCCAACCGACUGCUGAUAACUGGAACGCCAUUACAAAACAACCUGACUGAGUUGUGGUCUUUGCUGCACUUCCUCAUGCCCACUAUCUUCGACAAGCUCGAGUCUUUCGAGUCGUGGUUCGACUUCUCUGCAUUGAACCAGCGCAACGGGUACGAGGAUAUCUUGUCUGAGGAGCGUAAGACCAACCUCGUUACGUCGCUUCACGCCAUCUUGAAGCCUUUCCUGCUACGCCGAAUCAAGACAGAUGUUGAGACCUCUCUCCCGAAGAAGCGCGAGUAUGUGUUAUAUGCACCUCUUAUGGCCACCCAACGAGAACUUUACCAAGAGAUUCUGGAGGGCAAUAGUCGUGCCUACCUCGAGAACAAAGCUGUCGAAAGUCUGAGCGGAACCAACACGCCUCGUAGCACUCGUGGUUCCAGCCUUAAACGUAGCAGACCUGAAGAAGGAAGCGUCACACCCAUCAAAAGUGUCAAGUCUAGUAGGGCGUCUACACCAGCAACAGCAGCUAGCGGUCGCGGCAGCAGACGAGCCAAGAAAGCACAAAACUAUGAAGAGUUAUCCGACACUGCCUAUUUCAAGCAAGCACAAGACGAACAAUCAGAGGACGAAGAACAGCCGCUCAACUCGAGUGAGGAGGAAGCUCAAGAGCAAGCACAGACACUGGCUCUGGCUAAGAAGUUGAUUGGAGCCAAGAAGUUGCAGAACCCUGUGCUGCAGUUGCGUCUUUGUUGCAAUUCGCCUCAUAACUUUUUUUAUCCUUUCAUGGAGGAAGACAACAGUGAUGUAGAUGAGACACUGGUCACCGAAAGCGGCAAAAUGCUCUUGCUAGACUCUUUGAUGCCCACACUGCUCGAACGUGGUCACAAGGUGCUCAUUUUCAGUCAGUUCAAGACCCAGCUCGACCUGAUCGAGACAUACUGCGAAGUCUUGCGCGGAUGGAAGUGCAGUCGCAUCGAUGGUGGUGUUUCGCAGCCAGACCGACAGGAGCAAAUUGCUCAAUUCAACUCGGCAGAAUCUGAGACCAACAUCUUCCUAUUGAGCACGCGUGCGGGUGGCCAGGGAAUCAACCUCACAGCUGCAGAUACAGUGCUCCUCUUCGACAGCGAUUGGAACCCACAACAGGAUCUGCAGGCACAAGACCGUGCUCAUCGUAUCGGCCAGACAAGACCAGUCAUUGUGUAUAGAUUCGCAACCAAAGGCACGGUCGAAACACUGCUACUGGAGAAAGCAGAAUCAAAACGAAGACUGGAAAAAUUGGUCAUUCAGAAAGGCAAAUUCAGAUCGAUGCGUGCGGGUGAAGUGUCAGGUGCCGAGUUCGCAGAACUGCAGCAGUUACUGGCACAGCAAGAUGGCGAAAGAGUGGAGCUCGAAGAGGGAACCAAGGGUCUGCUGUCGGAAGAGGAACUAAACACUCUGACUGACAGAAGCGAGGAAGCCUAUGAGCGAGCAGAGAAGGGUCUGGAUGGUGGUGACAAGUUCAAGGCUGUUGAGACAAAAUCAGGCGGUGAGGGAUUCUUGGAGGCUAUGAGUAAAUGA